CUGAAUUGAAAUUUAUGUAACUAUAUUAAUAUUAUUAUUUAUUAUUAGAGUAGUUUAAAAGCAAAUCAUGUUAUUGAUUUUUUGUUUUUUAAUAUUUUUAAACACAUAAACGACAAAUAAGAAGUAGCCUAGGGUUGAUUGAUUUGUAGCAAUUUCGUCGUUUUGCAGUGGUAUUGUUCGUUGCGUGGUUACAUGAAUGAAUGAAUGAAUGAAUGAAUGCACAAAUUGUUUUUCCUUUUCUUUUGGGGUAUAAUAAUAAAUAAAUAUUCUUUCUUUCCCAUUUUGAACUUCGUUUUCAUAACCAGUUAAUUUAUAGGGGAGAGAAGAGAGGGGCUAUUCAAUUAGUUGUUCAUGUAGUUCUCUUCUCGCCUUGCCUUGGAGGAAAUGCCUGAGCCAUGCUGCUCUCCUCUUCCACCGCCUCACCUCAUUCACUGCUCUCCCCCUCUACCGUACCUGCUCUGACCUUUUCAACUUUUCCCUCUGACCCCAGAUUCAGGCCAACACAACUUCAUUUACUGCCUCUCGGCUUCGUCGGAGCCAAGGGCCAUUGCCGUUCGGGGUUUUUCCGUUCGACGGAGUAUUGUAGGGGUUUGCAUGUUGGUUGGUCUUGGUUAGUCACGCGUUGCAGGGAUUGGGAUAGCGAAGGGGAUUUUGAAUUGGAAGCUGAGAUUUUGGAGUUCAUGAAGAAUUCUAAUAAGCCUGGGGCGUUUCCUAGCAAGAAGGAGUUGGUUGAUGCUGGAAGGAUUGAUUUGGUGAAGGCUAUUGUCAAGCAAGGUGGUUGGUUGUCUUCCGGUUGGGAUUUGGACGACGAAGAAGAAGGAACUCAAGAAAGUGGAGUCAGUAGUCUAGCUUCAACGGUGGCCACGGAAAGUGAUCAUUUUCAGGAAAACAAUCUUCUUUCUGUGGAUGAAAUACAGGACCCUGAUGUUUCUUAUUGUCCCUACGAUAAUUUUCCGUCAACCUCAUCGUCUGGUAGAUCGUUAGAAAUGGAAAGCGCACAGCAUGAGACUGGGAUUGAAGGCAUACUGACUCGAUUGGAGAAGGAAAGAAGUAUGACUUUUGGAUUAGGCCGAGGAGAAAAUAAUGAAUCCCGUAGGGAAGCUAACAGUGAGAAUAAAGAAUGGCAUUCUAAAUUCUCAAUUGAUAUGGCUAGGCUUGAUCUGGGAAAAUCUUUUUGUAAGAUUGAUGAAUUAAGAAGUUCAAAUGAGGCAUUAACUUGGAGAACAUGGAGCACUCAGCGGGCAGGAUUUUCAAAUAUGGGUUUUGAAGACACUGAAACUGCAUCAAGUGAAUCUCGUAUUGGAGGGUCAUUGUAUUUGUCAAAAGAAGAAAUACUAAGAAGAGAGAGUAUACGUAAAAUUAAUGAAGGGAAUGAACUAGAUUCACAUCAUGAAGUGAUUAGUCUUAAUCAACUACGAAGUCGUCUUAAGCACCUGGAGUUAGAGCUGUCAUCUGCACUUCACUCGGUGCGAUAUAAUGCUGAUGAAACUGCCUCACAAAAGGAUCAUGAAGGCACCUCUGAUGACUUGCGGAAGCUUUCUGAUGCUUGGGAAUUUCAGGAAAACGAGAUUAUGAAUGCCAAGAGUUUAUUACGUUCAACUCGGGCAAAGUUAGCUGUUUUAGAAGGAAAGAUGGCACUAGCAAUAAUUAAUGCAAAAAAGAUUGUGGAGGAGAAACAAAAGAGGAUAGAUGAUGCUCGAAGAGCUUCACGACUUCUUCGUGCUAGUUGCAUAGUUUGGCCUAAUUCAGCCUCUGAAGUACUUUUGGCAGGAUCAUUUGAUGGUUGGGCAUCACAGAGAAAGAUGACCAAGUCAGGUACAGGAAUCUUCUCCCUGUGGCUUCAAUUAUAUCCAGGCAAAUAUGAGAUCAAAUUCAUUGUUGAUGGUGAGUGGAUGAUUGAUCCUCUGCGCCCCAUUGUUCAUAACAAUGGUUAUAAGAACAAUUUACUUGUUAUCACCUAAGGAAAGGCCAGACUAACAAUACAACUAGAUCUUUUAUUCUUUCUGUUUCGUUCUUUUUGUAAAGAAGAGUAGGUUGCAGAUUAUGAUUCUAAUGAUUCUUUCAUGUCUUGAGAUCAACACAAAGGCGUGUUUUGUUUUGUUUCCCUUUCUUACUUAGAGGUGGGUUGCUAUAAAAGCUUGUAUUGUUUGCUCAGACACAAUGUUGGCCUCUUUUUGUUCAAGUAAUCUAUAUGACGAAUUGAAGUCCUAAGUCCUGUAAUUCUAUAAUUCAGUAAUCAGUAUCACUGGGGAAACAAUUGGAUCACGGUCAAAGAUUUUUGUCAAGUUUUAACUAAAA